GAGUUGUAGGAACUGAAAAGGGCCAGUACACACCCUCGGUGCCUCACACAGCCGGACCCACCGGAGCACAGGUGGCGUUGGACAGGAAAAUGAGCACCGAGACUGAUUAGACGAAGUAAAAUGACCUGCGCUCCACCGCUCAGCCAUUUCAUCUCCAGCAAAGAGACAUUUUCUUUGUCACAGACCAGCUAGAAGGCUCACAUCUUCUUUCUCACAAAGAGCAGAACGACAACUAUGAAUUGCGGGAGCGGAUAACCACACAAUUACUAAAAUACAGUGAUUUAUUGCGGGAAUCAUAACUACAACCGACAGAAAUAACAACUGGUUUCUCAUUUUAGGGGUUUGCUAAGAAAAAAAAACAAAACUGAAGAACCAAAUGAAUUAUUGUGCUUUCAGUGCCUGGAUCUGGCUUUGAUGGAUGGGAAAACAUCACACACCACCAGAAAGAAAGCAACUCUAAUUGAAAUCCUUUGAAGGUUGAGUACAAACCAGUCACUGGAAUGACCUUUCCGCAGUAAUACAUUCCUGCUCACACGCACCUACAACGGCAGGAAGCUGCCAUACACAGAGUCUCCCCUCACGCCGCUGCAGAGUUAUGAUCUCUGAGAUAAAGGGCAGAUCCCUAUUCUCUGGAAAGAAAAGUGAACUGCGGACUGGAGAUUAGGAUGGAGACGAAAAGCAUGUUUCGGUGCCCGAAAUAGAAAAAAAAAAAAAAAGGGGAAGAGAAACAUCUGGGAAAGAAAAAGGGGGAGUAUCAGAGCGAUGCGAGUAGAGGAGACUGGACGCUUUCUCAGCCUUCUCUGCCAGAUUUUCAACAGAGCACAACAAACUUGUGCAACUUUUGUGGCAGUUGUCCAUGGGAAGUCAUCCAAAGCACUUCGGAGCUGACCCUCCUGGGAGGUCCUGCUAGACAGGGAAUAAUACUUGAGGAGCACCAAAGUCAGAGCGGCGCUUCUUUUUGUUGAAUUUCAGCUGACUGGAGCUUUUGGACGGACCAUUGCUGAAAGCGGAGAUGUGACCGGAAGCAGCACCCUGGAAAGCUGAGCUGCUACCUUGUGCAGCCUUUUUUUCUGUUUGUUUUCCUUAAAAUCUCUCACUACCAGUCAGGAGGAAAGCUUCCACGUUCCAACUGGACUGAACUGUUUUCUCUCGCCGGUGCAGAAGACUGAGCCGAGUGAAUCGAAACCCGUUGAGAGUUGUUUUGUUUCUGCUGCGUCGGACACAUCCCAUUGUGAGUCGCAGUGGAGAUGGAGAAAGGACAUACGUCUAUCAGGAGGGGGGUAAGCUGGAGUCCAGGAGGACUGAAAAAACCUGCACAGAUCACAAAAGACACAAACAGCCCAGAGACAGACUACAAUGCAUCCUGGGAGCGGACUGGAAUAAAUAAAGAACAAAUGAGCCGCGGAACAAAUCUGACCAGGAGUGCCAGUCUGUCGGAGAAAGAGCUGAAGGAGGCCAGAGUCAGGAGCCAGAUCAUUGCCGCUCAGCUCACCGUCCCUUCCAACUCCAGCUCCAGGGGAGUGCAGCUCUUUAACAGGCGCAAGCAGAGGGUCAACGCUUUCACACUCGAAAGCUGUGGAGAGGGGUCAGACCAGAGCAAAGCUGAGAAUGUGAAAACCGACCCGCCAUCUACCAAACCAUCAUGGGCAGACAAGAGCAGUGAGGAAAAGGACAGAGACCACAACGUAAAGAACAGCUCCGCAGGGACGGUCUUCUCACCAGCUGCAAGGUUACGCUCAGUAGGUGAUAUCAUGGGUGAACCAGGAAGAGAAUUUCCCAAUGCGGGAACAAUGGAGGACAGUAUCAUUCAAGAGAGACAUUUUCUCCCUGUCAAAGAAGAGCAGGAGGAGGACGAUGAGGCAAAAGAUGAAUUCCAUGAAGAGCUGGGGGAUAAUGUUCAGCAUGAGAUUCCCCUCGGAAGUAAUAACACCAGUACGAUAGUGAUGAAGCACGCUGAAGGGGAAGAAGAGAGAAACAGGAGUCACAUGGCUUCAGUUCCUGCUGGAAAUCUGCUCAAUGGCUGUCACAGUACGUCAUCUGAACCUGAGAGGGUAUCAGUGCCCACAUCCAAGCAGAUGACUGGAAUCACCAAUAGAACCGCCAGGCCCUUCUUCUCACCACCUCCAGUGCAGUCCUCAGAGGCGCUCAGCCCUGUGAUGGACAUCCCUCCUCCUCCCUCGUACUCCACCCCUCCUCUACCCACUUCUACCGUCCCUCAGCCUGUGGCAUUCUCUCCUCCUCCGCCGCCACCGCCGUCAUAUCCCACGCCUCCGCUUCCGGCCUUCACAAACCAGCCGCCGCAGACCUACUGCUCGGUUCCGCCUCCAGUGUCUCCUGUCCUGUCUCCUUCCUCUCCCCCUCCAUCCUAUUUUCCUGAUUCUCAGUACCCUGCCAGGCCCCAUUACGGUCCCCCUACAGCCCCAAAACCUUCCACCUUUGUCCCUCAACCCACCGAAGAGAGGAAGCCGAUAACCUCAGCCAAAACAGGAAUACUUGAGGAGAGUGCUGCCAAGAGGGCAAACAAGAAGUCCAUGUUCACUUUCAAAGAGAAAACAGUGGUAGCCCCGAAUCCUGAGCUGUUGUCGAUGGUGCAGAGUGUCGAUGAAAGGAAGAAGUAUGGACAUAGAUCUGUGCCAGAACCAGCGUCUGAGGAAGAGCUACUGGCUCUGGGUGCAGAGGCGUCCAACUUCCUUGCCAAAGAAGAGGACAGAGCACAGGAGGCGAAAGCUCCAGAGUGGGCCUCGUGUCUCAAGAGCUCGAGGACCCGACAGAGGGCAGAGCACCGACCAGAGCAGACCCUUACCAAUGUGUCAGGAAAGGGGGCCGAACUUUUUGCCAAGCGUCAGUCCAGGAUGGAAAAAUAUGUCAUUGAGAAUCAGAAUCCAGGACAACUUCGGUCUCCUUCACCAACUAUGUCUCUGCCACCAUCUUGGGUUUACCCAUCAAACAUGCCCGGUAGGGUGAAGGCCAUUGCUAAAAACUCUGACAUGAGUGCUCAGCUUGCACAAAACCUGAAGUCCCAACAAGCAGUCAAGCAAAAGCCAAGGCAAAAAGCUGCAGCGCCAGAGCCAGUCCCUGAGCCUCCUCCCUUGGAGAAUGGUUGCACCAAAAUAGAGAUGGACCUGUCGAAGCACCAGCCCUAUCAGCUGAAUUCUUCCCUGUUUAUCCUGAAUCCAGUAAAGGACCCUAUGAGCUCCUUACCCAAAGGAGCCCCGCAGUCCAGGAACCUGAACACCACUCAACCAUUUUCCCGCCAGACAUCUUUACCCAACAACCCACCCUCUCACUUCAAAUGCAUGUCUCCUCAAGUGCCUCAAAGCCCCAUGGGAGGACCACAGUACCCACCGGGUCUGUCUCCUGGACCUCCAAGGGUCAGCUCUCCCAUGUCUGCCUCUUCUCCACAGCGAGUGUCCUCUCCUCGGUCGGGAGUACAAGCACCAAGGCCAUCGUUUUCUGCCAAAAAGGCAGGCAUUGCACCGCAGACACCGAAGGAGCCUCAACCUGAUGAAAUUUCCACGGAGACGCCAACACCAAACACGACACCCAGCCUCACCAGACGUUUCAGCAGCCCAGGAGGCUCAUCUCCUGCUUACUGGACCCCCAGCCUGCAAAAAAAACAAACUUCCAACACCACCUCCAGCUCCGUCCGUUCAGUCGCCUCCCCCAUGCCCUCCCCUAGUAAUACAAGAUGCCAAUCCCCAAUGACCAACUUUGUUUCCAGUUCCUCAUCAAAGCCCUCUCAAACAGCUGCAGCCACCUCACCAUGUUCUCCUCCUUGGGGUUCAAGAUGCCAGUCCCCAAUGGUGAGCCAGUCCGCCACCUCUUCUGUUUCUGCUUUCCGACCUUCACAAUCCUCAGUGACUUCCCCCAUUCCUCCUUCGUGGAGUGCAAGAUGCCAGUCUCCACUGAUCAGCCAGAAUAAACCUUCCGCUACUGCUUCCUUUUCUUCACCCAGACCCUCCCAGUCAUCUAUAGUCACCUCUCCACGCUCUCUCUCCCCUUGGGGUUCAAGAUGCCAGUCCCCGCUGGUUAUCCAGCACACUCCGUCUUCGAGCAUUCCCUCUUCCAAACCUUCCCAAGCAUUUGCAGUCACUUCCCCAUGUUCUCCCCCUUGGGGAUCAAGAUGCCAAUCCCCCAUGGUGUCUCAGAACAACCAGUCUUCCAGUGCCUACAUAUCCCCAUCCACACCUUCCCAAACAUCAGCCACAUCUCCCGUCUCUCCCCCGUGGGGCUCACGCUCCCAGUCUCCCUCCGUCUAUCAAACCACCCUGUCCUUCCAUCCCACUAAACCUCUGUAUACAUCGUCUGUCACCUCUCCCGUUCAGCCACCCAAAGACAGUCGCUGCAUGUCCCCUGUUGUUAACAACUUAGACUCUAAAGCCAACCAUCGCCUCCUGGCCAAAAACAUUAUCAACGCAGCCAAACGUAAAAACAGCCCUUCUCCUGGAGCACUGAGCGGUCACGGCCUCCCCAUCUCACCCGUGGGAAACACCCCUCAUGGCUACGACUGUCACAAACCGCCCAUCAGCCCCUUCCAGUCACGGACGCUGGGAGCGCAGUCACCUACUUUCGCUAGCCCUCCUCCUACUCCGACUCACAGAAUCUGCUCACCUGUGAGACUCUACAACACUCGCUCGCUGACCGACUCUGACGCCUCUGUGGAGUCUGAAGACUCGGGGCUCCGCUCGCCCGGCCUGCACUCCUACAACACGUGUCCCCGGGGCUGGGGCGGCAGCCUGAGGGUGAAGAGAAGCACCGUCUCCACAGACCUCUGAGAAUAUCACUAAGCAUUGGUUGAAGCUUUAUUUCAGUGUUUUUGCUGCAUUGGAUCACCUGUACAGACCCUUCAUCGCCUUUCAUAGGUUAACCAUAUAGACACAUGGGUUUUCUGAUCAUUGGAAAUGAGAAAGGUUGUAAUAAGGUAGUUGUAGUGUUUGAUAUGACUCACGAAGCAUAUUAUGGAUCGACAAGAACAAGCUCUUUACAACACAGAGUUGCUGUGGCUUGUGCGCUUCUCACACCAAACAGUACGAAGAUUCAGGAGCACCGAAGAUAAUUCAAAUCACUUUAAAUUAAAGUUUUUAUAUUUUACAUGUUCACAACAAGUAUGUCUUUAGGGUCUUUGAUAUCAUUUAUUAAAUGGACUUCAUGGAAUAUCAGCUAUGGACAUUAUCAAAGCAGUUCAUAUGUUUCAUGCAUGUUGGAAUAAAAGAAAUGCAGUUUGCAAGGAGGGGGGGGAAGGAAAAGUAGGACAGAGUGUAAAUAUAUUAGCUCACUGGACUGGGUUAUGAAAUGACCAAAAAUAACUAUGCAGUAGAUUAAUAAUGAACAUUUUUUCAUACAGUUCCAUCAGUUUACGGUAUGUUAUGUUUUUAUGAAGAUCAAACCGUAGUGAAAGGAAGGGCACAUGCUUUUCCCAUGUGCAAAGCAUGUUCGUUUGAACCCAUGUAAAGAAAAUCAUGUGCAUGAUUAUCACAGUGCAAUAAUCAAUAAUCAGUCUAACACACCAUAUAUAUAUAUAUAUAUAUAUAUAUAUAUAUAUAUAUAUAUAUAUAUAUAUAUAUAUAUAUAUAUACACAUAUAUACAUACAUACACUUUGUUGAAUGAAUGUAAGAUUUACAAAGAAAGGCAAAAAACGGCACGUUGAAUAGAAAGAGUUAUCUCAGAGAUGAAAUGGGACAACUGCACACUAAACACUGUUUUUAUGUUUUCAUACUUCUUCUUUUCUGGUUUUGUUGCUUUUGCAACCAAGAUAUUCUUCAGAACAUCUUUCACACAAAACAGAUCAAAAAUGUGUUUUUUCAUAUACUUUUUGUACAAAGUGUCUGUUUGAAUGAUGGUUAGAGGCAAAUGUGUCUAUCACACAAGUGGUGCAAGAUGAAUUCGAGAGAGUGGAAAAAAGGAUAAAAGGAAGUUGUAUGUUGUGAAAUAUUAAUCAGAGUGCUUGCGGGGGAGGGAAAUAGGAGGCUAUGUCUUUGAAAUACAUGUAAAACUCAAAUAUGCAUUCUAUUUGACUUUUGAAGCUUGUUUUAUAGUACUUGAUUUGCACUUCUGCUCAUUCCAUUUCUGUGGCUACGCGGGCGAUUUUAGAACUCUUGAUUUGUUUAAAUGGGCAGUAAACCCGCAGAUAAACAUCCCGUUGUAAACAGGGGACAAGCCCUGGACCAUGCAACAUGUUGGCAUGAUGCUGGCCGCUGCGAACGCUGCCAGAUGUCGCUUUAUGUUUUCAACCGUGGAGACAUGUUACACUGGUCUCACUUUGCCUGCCCCAGCACAAAAGCCCAUUCCUUCAUUCCCUGACUUGUGGGCCAAAAGCAUCAGCACAUUUCUGAAUAUUUACUCUGUGUAUCUCUUGAGUGACGGCGACUCCUGCUGCACGGUGACCUGGCUCCAUCGGGAUUAAACCUAUCACUGUCAUGGAUUGGUUACAACCUGGGUCAACAGCCGAACACGUAGCAGACGUCCUCCAGCACGGACAGGGAUCUUCACUAUCUCUGUUUAGCUUGCAAGGAGCUUUGGAUGGUUUUCUGACCUGUCUGCCCUUUAUCGAUACAGCUCAUGUUGCAUUUCAUAGUUAUUAUGCUGAAUGAAUGAAUGCAAAUUUCAAAAUAAAAUUGAUAACAUCCC